AUGGCCCCUACUUCUUCUCCCCCUUCGUCCUCUGCCUGGGUCCAAUGGGCCGCGGAGUACACCAAGGCGGCGCAGGCGGACGCCCUCCCGCCCAACGAGUGGGCGGCGCGGGUGGCGGCCGCCGCGGGGGAGAGGGAGGACGUGCACUUCUCCGCCGGUCUGGCCGAAAUGCUGGCGCGCCUGCUCCUCUCGGGCGGAAGCAGCGGCGCCGCCCCAGCCGCCGCGUGGAAGUACGCCGAGGCAGCCCUCGCCGCGCGCCUCGCCUCGCCGGCGCUCCUCCUCGCGCUCCUCUCUUCCAGGGUCAUUCCUCAACGGGCUGCAAGGCCAACGGUGUAUCGACUUUAUUUGGAGCUCUUGCGCAGGCAUGGAUUCAAAUUUUGUUUUCAGAUGAAAGCGGCGAAUUUCAAAAAGGUCAUGCAGUUAAUUGAUGAUAACCUUAACCUCUCCAAGAUAUUUGCCUUUCCAACAUAUGAACCAGGGGUCUUUAUUGUUGAAUUUGUCCUUUGCAUUUUAUGGAAAUUGAUUGAUACUGCAUUAGAUGAUGAGGGCUUGUUAGAGUUAACUCCAGAAAAGAAAGCUCGAUGGCCAACUAGGCCUCAAGAUAUUAGUGCAUUUGAAGGAUCCUUUUCUGAACAAAAGCAAGAGAAAAUCGAGAAGUUACAGAGGAUGAAUAGUGUCAUAACUAUAGAACUUAUUGGUCAUCUUCUUCAUGAUAAAGUAACUACUCGCAUCCUCUCAUUGGCACGCGAAAACAUGCAAACUCAGUGGGGAGUAUUCACUAAUCGAUUACAGUUGCUUGUGGCAAACUCAUCCACCUUACAAGCUUCAACAAUGUCAUUGGAUGCAUUUCAGCAGUUGAUUCUAGAUGAUCACAAUGUCUAUGGAGACAAUAAACAUAAUUUGCGCAAAAGAUUCCACCCCAUGGUGGCUUCUAAUCCUCUAUCUUCUCCAAAUGGACGCUGCCUUGGCGGUAGUUAUUCUGCACUAUGGAUUCCUAUUGAUAUGUAUCUCGAGGAUUGCCUUGAUGGCUCAAUUGCUGCCACAAAUUCCAUUGAGACAUUAAGUGGUUUGGUCAAGGCACUUCAAGCAGUCAAUAGAUCCACCUGGCAUGAUGCUUUUAUGGCCCUUUGGAUAGCAUCAGUUCGCCUUGUGCAAAGGGAACGAGAACCUAUUGAAGGCCCUGUGCCUCAUCUUGAAACACGACUAUGCAUGCUUUUGUCUAUCGCAACACUUGCAGUUGCUGACAUAAUUGAGGAAGCAGAUUCAUGUCUUGGUGAAACAGAUCUCAGUAGUCACUGGAAAGAAAAGGCAGCAAGUGGUGAUCUGCGCAAGGAAUUGAUGUUAAGCUUACAGGCUCUUGGUGACUGCGAAAGUCUGCUUGUUCCUCCCCCAUGCAUCAUCUCGGCAGCUAAUCAGGCUGCUUCCAAAGCUGCGAUGGUUGUUUCAGGAAUCAACAUUGGCAGCAGCUACAUGGAAAGUACCAAUGAAAGUUCGCCAAAUUACUCUGGAAACAUGCGGCACUUGAUUGUAGAGUCAUGUAUCUCAAGAAACUUGUUGGAUACGUCAGUAUACUAUUGGCCUGGUUAUAUUAAUAGUCAUAUCAACUCCAUGUCUCAUACAAAUCCUAGCCAACUUGCUGGGUGGUCAUCCUUCAUGAAGGGUGCACCAUUAACUCAGUCACUGGUUACUAUGUUGGUCUCAAGUCCUGCUUCAAGCUUAGCAGAGCUCGAAAAGUUAUUUGAAGUUGCAGUCAAUGGAUCAGAUGAGGAUAAGGUGUCUGCUGCUACUGUUCUGUGUGGAGCCACCUUGUUACGAGGUUGGAAUUUCCAGGAGCAUACAGUUCGCUUAGUCGUCAAACUGCUCUCACAUGCUGGUUCUGUUGACUAUUCUGGAAGAGAGAGCCAGUUAAUAGAGCAUGGUGCAAUGCUUAAUGUUAUUCUCACUGGAAUAUCACCUGUAGACUAUGCUCCAAUCUUCUCAUUCCAUGGCCUGGUUCCAGAGCUGGCUGCUGCACUCAUGGCGAUAUGUGAAGUUUUUGGGUGUCUUUCCCCGAGCGUUUCGUGGCUGUUGGGAACAGGGGAGGAAAUAUCUGCUCACACGGUCUUCUCAAAUGCAUUCAUUCUUCUCUUAAGACUAUGGAAGUUUAACCAUCCACCACUUGAAUAUUGUAUAAUGGGCGAUGGUGCUCCAGUUGGCUCACAACUAACUCCCGAGUAUCUUCUGUUAUUGAGAAAUUCCCAAGUUCUUUCUGCCAGCAGUUUGUCCAAAAGUAGAAGCAGCCAGAAGAAAUUCCUUGUUACUUCAAGCCCAUCUUCCAAGAACCCUAUUUUUAUGGACUCUUUUCCGAAGUUGAAGCUGUGGUACCGGCAGCACCAAGCUUGUCUGGCCUCUACUCUCUCUGGACUUGCUCAUGGAACACCUGUACAUAACAUUGUAGACAGCCUUCUGAACAUGAUGUUCAGAAAGGCGAACAAAUUAAGUACACCCAUUGGUUCUUUAUCUGAGAGUAGCAGCAUAAGUAACUCCUCUGGUCCUGGUGGUGAUGAUGCACAUCUUUGGCCUCAGUUACCUGCUUGGGAAAUCCUGGAAGCUGUUCCAUUUGUGGUCGAUGCUGCUCUAACUGCUUGCUCCCAUGGAAGAUUAUUUCCACGUGAACUGGCUACAGGCCUCAAAGAUCUAGCUGAUUUUUUGCCUGCAUCCAUUGCAACAAUCGUAAGCUACUUCUCAGCUGAAGUGACACGUGGUGUUUGGAAACCUGCAUUCAUGAAUGGAACAGAUUGGCCUAGCCCUGCUGCCAAUCUAUCCAUGGUAGAAGAGCACAUCAAGAAAAUUGUAGCUGCUACUGGAGUUGAUGUUCCAAGACUUGCCACAGGAGGAAGUACUUUGGGUAGACUUCCGUUGCCGUUGGCUGCUUUUGUGAGCCUCACCAUCACAUACAAGCUUGACAAAGCGUCCGAACGUUUCCUUAACCUAGCUGGUCCAGCUUUAGAGAACCUUGCUGCUAGUUGUCCUUGGCCAAGCAUGGCGAUUGUUGCAGCACUCUGGACUCAAAAGGUCAAGCGAUGGAGUGAUUUUCUAGUCUUUUCAGCAUCCCGCACGGUCUUCCACCAUAACAAUGACGCAGUUGUCCAACUCCUCCGAAGCUGCUUCACUUCUAUCCUUGGCAUGUCGUCGACAUCAUUAUGUUGUUGCGGAGGUGUUGCCAGCCUUCUGGGUCACGGAUUUGGCUCUCAUUGCUCCGGUGGUCUCUCACCAGUUGCACCAGGAAUUCUCUACCUCAGAAUAUUCCGGUGCAUCAAGGACUGCUCUAUACUUGCAGAAGAUAUACUUUCCCUGUUGAUGCUUUCGGUGAAAGACAUAGCUGGAACAACAGUGUCCAGGCAUCAAUCGGACAAGCUAAAGAGGACUAAGUACGUGAUGCGACAUGGACAGAUCUCUCUUGCUGCUGCAAUGACACAAGUUAAGGUGGCGGCAUCACUUGGAGCUACACUUGUGUGGUUAUCGGGCGGUACAACCCUUGUCCAGUCUCUGUUCCAAGAGAUACUGCCCUCUUGGUUCCUAUCUGUGCAGGAUCUGGACCAAGGAGGAUCCAGUGGAGGAACAGUAUACAAGCUGGGCGGCCACGCACUUGCCUACUUUGCAGUCUACUCCGGGAUGUUGGCAUGGGGAAUUGACCCAACAUCGGUGUCCCGGCGUCGAGAGAGGGUAAUGCGAUCACACUUGGAGUUCCUGGCAAGCGCACUGGAUGGGAAGAUCUCCCUAGGCUGCGAUCUGUCCCUGUGGCGUGCCUAUGUCUCAGGCUUCCUGGAGUUGGUUGUCGAGUGUGCUCCGUGCUUGUUGCAUGAGGUGGACCUCAAGGUGCUCAAACAGCUGAGCGCUGGCCUCCGGCAGUGGAAAGAGGACGAGCUUGCUGUGGCCGUCCUUCGCAGGGGUGGGCCGGAGGCAAUGGGUAUCGCUGCAGAGUUGAUCCUGGGUUGCGAGUGGUGACACGGGCUGUGGUGUGGCUGGUAUUCUUCGUAGUCGAUGUUUGCCGACUGUACAUAACCAGGCAUCGUGCUUGUAUUUUGGUUGAUUUGUCAGGAAAACCUUGUCCACGUUUUACUCGCUAACACAAGCAGCCGCUAACCACUGUUAUCUGUUCUUAAUUCGUAGACUGUGCAAUUAACUGCUCUUGAAGAUUUAGCUCAUUUAUGCACACAAAGGUUUUAGUGUUCUUGGGAUGGGUUCUAUGUUGCUGCCCAUUCAUUUCCUAUUAAUAAGGAGAUAUGUAAAGCCAGCCAUUCUAUGAUAUUUGUGUAUGAUACUA